UUGAUAGAGAACGACUAAAAAAUAUCUCUGAGACAUCAUUAAUACCAAACACCUCCAUCUCCUUCUGUAAUUUCCAUUUUUAACAUUAAGAUUCAUUUCCACUCGCUAUACAUUAUAUACAUACGUAUACAUACGUUGCGUAUAAUAAUUUUAUAUAAUAUCCAGCAGCUACACAACGAACCGUUCUUCUUCUACCUCACUCUCUUGCAUGUUCGCUUGACUCUGACAAGGGAGAUGAACUGAAGAGAGACACAUCUCUGCAGAGGCUGAUGAGACUGAGGAUUUCAAGAUGGAGUUGCGGUUUUUCACCAAGAUUCUACUUCUGUUCCUCUGUUACAGUUACAUUGGUUCUGCUUCCAACAACGACGAUGAACUUUCCGUUUUGCUUUCCAUGAAAUCCGCUCUCGUCGACUCUCUGGGCAACCUCAAAGACUGGAAGCUUCCAGAAACUUCGGUUCCCAAUAUCCACUGCAACUGGACUGGAGUCUGGUGCAACUCCAAUGGCAAUGUGGAGAAGCUCGACCUCUCCCGCAUGAAUCUGACCGGCAGAUUCUCUGAUUCAGUCGGACAGCUUCGGAGCCUUGUCUCUCUCAACAUCUCAUGCAAUGAUUUCAACUCCACCCUCCCGAGAUUUCUUCCUCCUCUGCAAUUCUUAGACAUCAGCCAGAAUUCAUUCGAUGGAAGUCUAUUUACACUGAGUAACCAAUCAGUUGGGCUCGUUCAUCUCAACGCUUCCGGGAACAAUCUCUCGGGGAAUCUCCCGGAGGAAAUCGGGAGCCUUGUCUCUUUAGAAGUUCUUGAUCUCCGGGGGAAUUUCUUUCAAGGAUCCAUUCCAAAUUCCGUCAAGAAUCUGCAGAAGCUCAGGUUUCUCGGAUUAUCCGGCAACAACCUCACCGGGAAGUUGCCAGCCGAGAUGGGCGAGCUUUCCUCUCUGGAAAGCGCGAUUCUUGGGUACAACGAGUUCGAGGGUUCGAUUCCACCGGAGUUCGGGAACAUGUCCAGUCUCAGGUACCUUGAUUUGGCCAUCGGAAAGCUCAGUGGCAAGAUUCCAUCGGAGCUGGGACAGCUCAAGACGCUGGAGACACUUCUCUUGUAUCAGAACAACUUCACCGGCAAUAUUCCGGCAGAAAUCAGCAACAUGACUUCCCUCAAGGUUCUUGAUCUCUCCGACAACUCGUUAUCCGGCGAGAUCCCCCAUGAGAUAGCAGACCUGAACAAUUUGCAGCUCCUGAAUCUGAUGUGCAAUGAUCUUUCCGGCUCUGUUCCUCCCAGUAUCAGCAGCCUUACGCAGUUGCAGGUUCUCGAGCUCUGGAACAACUCCUUCUCCGGCGAGUUGCCGGGUGAUCUGGGCAAGAAUUCUCCGUUACAGUGGCUUGAUGUUUCGUCAAACGCGUUCUCCGGCGAGAUUCCUCUGACGCUGUGCAGCAAUGGAAGUCUGACGAAGCUCAUCCUGUUCAACAACGCCUUCUCCGGUCAGAUUCCGGCGACUAUGUCAAGUUGUCGGUCUCUGGUUCGCGUCAGAAUGCAGAACAAUCUGCUCACCGGAUCGAUCCCUAUUGGUUUCGGCAAGCUUGAGAAGCUCCAGAGGCUCGAAGUAGCUGGUAAUCGCCUCGCCGGAGCCAUCCCUGGUGAUAUCUCGGAUUCAAAUUCGCUUUCGUUCAUUGAUUUCUCUAGAAAUCAGAUGCGCUCGUCCCUACCUUCCACGAUUCUCUCGAUUCGGAGUCUCCAGGUGUUUUUGGCUUCCGACAACUUCCUCUCCGGUGAAAUUCCCGACCAGUUCCAGGAUUGUCCCUCGCUUACGAAACUCGAUCUCUCCUCCAACCGUCUUAUCGGAACCAUCCCAUCCAGCAUCGCUUCCUGCGAGAAGCUCGUGACCUUAAACCUGAGGAACAACCAACUCACCGGGGAGAUCCCGAGACAGAUCACGACGAUGUCGGCCUUAGCCGUGCUCGAUCUGUCCAACAAUUCCUUUACCGGAGGAAUCCCGGAGAGUAUUGGAACUUCGCCGGCACUCGAAGUUCUGAACGUUUCGUACAACAAGCUCGAGGGUCUGGUCCCGAUGAAUGGCUUUCUCAGAACGAUAAACCCCGACGAUCUCCGUGGAAAUCCCGGUCUCUGCGGCGGCGUUCUUCCGCCAUGCAGCCGGCUCGCGGCGAUGUCGAGGAACGGGAGUCUCCAUGGAAAACGCAUCGUCGCGGGAUGGUUGAUCGGGAUCUCAUCGGUUCUAGCCCUCGGGAUUCUCGCCAUCGCCGCGAGAUCUCUGUACAAGAGACGGUAUUCCAACGGAUUCUGUGCCGACGGGACGGCGAGUAAGGACGAAUGGCCAUGGAGAUUAAUGGCGUUCCAGAGGCUAGGAUUCACAGCUUCCGAUAUCCUCGCCUGCAUCAGAGAAUCAAACAUGAUCGGAAUGGGAGCCACCGGUAUCGUGUACAAAGCCGAGAUGCCGCGGUCAAGCACGGUAGUCGCAGUGAAGAAACUGUGGAGAUCCGCCGCCGACAUCGAGGCGGGAACUACCGGAGAUUUCGUCGGAGAAGUGAAUCUCCUGGGAAAACUCCGUCACAGGAACAUCGUGAGGCUCCUGGGGUCUCUGUACAAUGACAAGAACAUGAUGAUCGUGUACGAGUACAUGCACAACGGAAAUCUCGGCGACGCGCUUCACGGCAAACAAUCCGCCGGGAGUUUGCUCGUCGAUUGGGUUUCCCGGUACAACAUCGCCGUCGGCAUCGCUCAAGGCCUGGCAUAUCUCCACCAUGACUGUCACCCUCCGGUGAUCCACAGAGACAUCAAAUCCAACAACAUCUUGCUCGAUGCCAAUCUCGAAGCUCGAAUAGCCGAUUUCGGCUUGGCCAGGAUGAUGGCGAGGAAGAAGGAGACGGUCUCCAUGGUCGCCGGUUCGUACGGCUACAUCGCUCCCGAGUACGGAUACACCCUGAAGGUGGAUGAGAAGAUAGACAUAUACAGCUAUGGCGUCGUACUGUUGGAGCUUUUGACCGGAAAGAAGCCAUUAGAGUCGGAGUUUGGAGAAUCAGUGGACAUCGUGGAAUGGGUCAGAAGGAAGAUCAGAGACAACAGACCACUCGAAGAGACAUUAGACCCUAAUGUCGGAAACUGCAGACAUGUUCAAGAAGAGAUGAUCUUAGUUCUGAAAAUCGCGCUUCUCUGCACUGCUAAGCUCCCAAAGGACAGACCCUCCAUGAGAGAUGCGAUAACGAUGCUGGCAGAGGCCAAACCCAGGAGAAAAAGCAGCAGCAACGGCGAGAACACAAACGGUAACGAGAAGGAAACAGCACCAGUUGUUAACGCUUCCCCUGUAAAUGGCCUUCUGUAGGAUGUUCUAACAGAUUUGUUAAAAGGCCACUCAACUAUUGAUUCGUUUGAUUCAUGCUAUGUAUGUAGAAGCUAAAUUCAGAGCUUGUCCUUUUUCCCCAGGUGGUAUAUAACCUUCUUCAGAUAUGUUUUUUUAACUCUUUGAAGAGUGAAGUGUACCUGCAAGAAGAAAUAGACAGUAAUGGCGGAAACAAUGCAGAAAUCAGACAGUCUUCACACAUACACAUAUACAUGGACACACACAUAACAUAACACAACCAACCAUCUCUGUAUGUGUGUUUACGUGUGUGAAUUACAAGCAAAAUCUCGAGUUCUAUUAUAGUUCUCCACGAGGAGGUGAUGUACAGUGUGUAUACUCCACAGAAGACAUGGAUUAGGAUGAACCAAAAAAAAA